CAUUCGUCUUUUAGGUUAUCGUAUACAAACAGCUACGUACCUUAUUACAAGAGACUGAUGUUACUUCAUUUAGGGAUAUGAUACAAAAUUUUCAAAUUUCUCUUCUAUCUUCUGGUAAUACCCAAGAAUUUGGUCAAUAUUUUCAAAAAUGUUAUCUGCACAAUAUGGAAUCCUGGGCAUACUGUUAUCGCUUGCAUGCAGGAAUAAAUACAAAUAUGAGCAUAGAACGAAUGCAUCAAACGAUUAAAUAUUUGUAUUUAAAUGGAAGACAAGUACGAAGGCUGGAUAAAACUAUCAAUAUCUUGAUUAAAUUAAUUAAAGACAAAUUGUUUGAACGGCUUAUUACGUUGAAUAAAGGUAAAAUAUCCAGCAAAUUACGAGAGUUACGGAAAAGGCACAAAACAAGUCUUAAUUUAGAUAUGGACACCAUUGUCAUGUCUGAAAUGGGCUGGGAGAUACCAUCAAGUUCAACCAAUGAUAUCUAUUUAGUUCAGAAAAACAAACCCAGUUGUGACUGCCGAUUAGUCUGUGAUUUGUGCCAAUCCUGUCUACAUUCAUAUUCCUGCACAUGCUUGGAUAACAGUAUAAGAUGGAAUAUGUGCAAACACAUACAUCUUGUGUGUCAAUUUAUGAAAGGCCAUCAAAUUCAAGAUACUAAUGCAGAUGAAGAACAUAUAAUAAAUACAGAUGAGGUAAAAAUUAAACAAGCUACAGAGCAAGCUAAAUUUGUGGAAUUUGUGAGUAAGUCUUGUAAUAUCAAUCAAGAAAAAACGUCCAAACAACUGGAAGUUGAAAAACAGAAAUUGAUAGAAAUACAAACCCAAAUAAUUCAAAAUAUAACAACUUUUGAACAACUUGAGGCAUUUAAAAGUAUUACAGCACCCUUGGUGCCUACAUUAAGGACAUUAGCAGAACAUUCUGGAAAUGAACUUAAUAUUGUGGCACUAUCUCAUGGAACACAAAACAUUCCACACAAUAAAAAAGUAGUUGCUCAAAAACGUUUAUUUUCCACCAAGAAAAAAACUACAAAGUCAAAAAAAAGCUGUUAUCAAAACCUGAUGCUGAAGAAACAAAUUUGAUAGCAAAUCAAUUAAUGCUACAAGUAAAUAAUGUGCUCUUUAAUUAGAAUAAAAUCUUUAUUUGUAUACAUUAUUAAUUUGUUUGAUUUUCUCACCUAUUCUAAUUCAUUUUUUUUUAAUUCAUAUUGAAAAUAUUGUAGGCAUUAAUACUUUAAAAACAUUUACUAACGUACCUACUCUGAAAGCAAUUUAUGAUAUUAUGUCUGUCUUGUAACAUUAAUUCGUAAUUUCAUCAGCACCAAUAAUAUUUAUUAAUACAUAAUAUAAUAUA